GUUGCGCCUAGAGAAGUUGCGGGCGGCUGAGUCUUGGGGCUCGGGGCGGAGGGACUCCCCAGCCUUCCCGUAAACGCCAGGAAGAGCAGGGAGAAGCAGGCGCCACCCCGCAGGGCUCAUCGCCCCGGGAAGCCGCCCUGGAGAGUGCGGUCGGCCCUAAGGGAUCGUCCGCCGCUGAGACCCGAGCCAGGCCGCGAGCACACAGCCUCCCUGCAGGGUGCGGCGCCUCGGGACUCCCAGAGGCUGUGCAGCCUGGACUCCCGCCCUGGCCCCCGGCUGGGCCAUGUCAAGAGGUCCUGGCUCUGCCCCGAUGCCCCCAACCCCGGGUUUACGGAAACCGGCGCCACGGAGCCUCAGUUGCCUCUCGGAGCUGGAUCCGCAACCCUGCAGACCCCCGGGCUGCGACCCUCGGCUGCAGCCCAUCAUCCAGCGGCGCUCGCGCUCGCUGCCCAGCUCCCCCGAGCGCCGUGCCAAGGCUGCGGGAGCUCCCGGCGCUGCGUGCCGAGCCGGCUGCAACCGGCAGCUCCGUGUGCGCUUCGCUGACGCUUUGGGCCUGGAGCUGACGCAGGUCAAGGUGUUUAACGCAGGGGACGACCCGUCCGUGCCGCUGCACGUGCUGUCGCGCCUGUCCAUCAACUCGGACCUGUGCUGCAGCAGCCAGGAGCUGGAAUUCAAGCUGCAGUGCCUGGUUCCCGACUUCCCACCGCCCAUCGAAGCCCCGGGCUUCGGAGAUCGCCUGGCACGGCAGCUCGUGUGCCUGGAACGUGUCACUUGUUCGGACCUGGGCAUCAGCGGCACAGUGCGCGUGUGCAACGUGGCCUUCGAGAAGCAGGUGGCAGUACGCUACACCUUCUCUGGCUGGCGCAGUGAGCAUGAGGCUGUGGCUCGCUGGAGAGGGCCUGCGGGUGCCGAGGGGACCGAGGACAUCUUCGCCUUCGGCUUUCCCGUGCCACCCUUCCUCCUGGAGCUCGGCUCCCACGUGCUCUUCGCACUGCGCUACCGUGUGGCUGGCGCUGAGUACUGGGACAACAACGAUGGUCGCGACUAUAGCCUUACUUGUCGUAGUCAUGCCCUGCACAUGCCGCGCGGGGAGUGCGAAGAGAGCUGGAUCCACUUCAUCUGAGCUGCUGGUCUUGAACUGGGAGCGUCCGUCUCAGCAGCCCCGUCCCCACGGGUGCUGAUCUCUGAGUGGCCGCCUCCCACCCCACUCUUCCUUCCCAGUAGUCUGGUCUCAUUUCUUGCCGUGAAGCCCUGCAGCAGUGGCCUGUCGUGUCUUGUAAUGAAUUGUCUGGAGAGCCUGGUGGCCAGAGGAACCGGAGUCUGUGUAGUGUGUUUGGGGGAAGGGUGUGGGAGGGUAGAUGCAUGGGAUUGUUGUCCUUAAUUUCAGGAGGACCCAGGUCGGUGUUUUGCAAGGAUGGCCUUUUGCAUGUCUCCUCAAUGUGUCUAAACACAAGUAGGCAUUAUUUAUUAUUGUGAAGUUAGCCUUCCACCCGUAGUGGAUGCCUUUUCAGGAAUACUCUAGAUUUAGUAAGCUUAAAGAAGGCCUGUUGUCUGUCUGCACCCACACAAUGUGGCCUACAUUAUGGUCCCUCGAGGCAUUUCUACCCUGGGAUGGUUAAAAACCUGAGACCAUGUUUGCUUGCCAAUGUUUGUAGCCUCCCAACAGUAAGAACUAUUAAUAGUCAAGAAACUUACAGCUCAUCUGUCAUCACACAACCAUUUCUGGGCUUCGAGGCUGCCCUGGUUAGGCAGUGCCUCCCACAUCAACAGCUGGGGAGGAGUGGACUGAAAAGCUUCCAGCCAUGCUGCUUGGCCCAAACAGUGCUUUCUCGGGGACUACCGUUCAUGUAUUUGUCUUCUGGUCUGGUACUGGGUCUGCUCGUUAACAGGCCAUUUUCUGUUUAGGUUUGAAACUACCUGAACCUUUGAAAAGAUCUUGCCUUAAGUUAUUUCCGUUUUCAAAUGGCCACAGGGAUUCAGGCAGGAGUGCCCUUCCCGGUGACCUUUUCCACGAAAGAGAUGACUUUUUAUUUCUAAGUAUGGGAAGAUUCCAGCCUUCCUAUUUUGGAAGUCAACUUUCAAAUGAAUCUGGAUGGUGUUUUCAGAAACAGCCAGGGCUUGGAGGAAGACAAUUCACAGAUUUUUAUACACCUAAUGGGUUUUUAAUUGUACAGUUAUGCCAGGUCUCACAGCUACCCGCCACUUUAUUCUUUGUGCCUUCAGUUAGGAAAGUUGCUAACAUUUUUAUGGGCUUAUUUCCCAGUUUUAAAAUGUUAAAUGCUUUUAAAAACAACAACAACCAGAACCUCCGAGUUUGUCCAGACCACUCACUGUUCUUGCCGGAUGUCCCUGCUGCUUAGAACCCCCUGUGGAGGGGCUGGCAAAUCUUUUUUGGUGCUGAGCUGUGGCCUCUCUGACAGCGGGUGCUAGAACUGAGGCAAAACAGACUGAGGUGGACAAGACCUCCCAGGUGUGACUUUUGCUUUUGAGACAGUGGAAGUCCUACGAUGGACUUGGUGACAUCUGUCACCAGUGAGUGUUUGAGUAUUGAUGUUUGUUAAAUCAGCAUGGAAAAGAUGUAUUUUACCCUUUAACCUGUUUGGUUUUGAUACUUGAAACUUCUGCCUUUUAAAAUUCCAAGAACAGUGUUGGCUUUCUCUGGUACCUUCUGGACUAAGACAAGUUUUGAUUUAAAAUUCCACAAUGAGGCGACACAGCCUUUGGCUGUUAGGACUCUGCACUACAUUGACAUUCAAGAGUGAGAGGAGCCCAGAGGCGUUUCCUGCUGCUUAAUGGAACUGUCCAAUUAGGUCAGCAAACCCCAGGGGUCAUGGCUACUCUGUCCUUGGCCCCUGUCCAGAAUGCAAGAUAAUGGUCCAGACUCUUCAGGUAAAAGGUAGACUUGUCUGGAGGAUUGUUGCUUCAAAGCACGGAGAGAAUUUUACAGUCCAUGGGAAAGCCAAUCACUUGUCCAAAGGGUCUAAUUACAGAAAAGUAAAUAAUAUAUCAUCAAAAUUGAGAGAACCUUAAGGUGCCUUUUAAGACAUACCAACAAUUUGAAAUCUAAAGCUUAAAGACGGUUCUGCUUGAUUAAAAAAAUGAAUAAAAGCUGUAAGACAUUUCAGGGUGAACUUUCUGACCCUAAGACUCACUUAGACUGUUGAGAUGUUAAAAUUGUGUGGAUUGUGCACUGUGUUGGGUUGUUCCCCAAAUGUAUUUUACUGCCUGUCACUUAAAAUUAUUUUACUCAAGCCUAAAUAUUAAAGUACAUGUGUAAAAAUG